UCCUUCCGGGUCAGAGCAGCAAAGCCGGAAGUGCCCGGCGGUUGCCAUGGAAACGAGCGCCGCUGCGACAACAUGGCCGGCCCCAGCUGGUUGGAGGCCUUACGUGGAGCUCGCAAGACGGCCCUCGUCAGCGAUGGCAAACGAAAAAUCCAUUACUUGUUUGCUGAUGGGAAGGAGAUGGCGGAAGAGUAUGACAUGAAGACCAACCAACUGUGCUGUAAGCCUUUCUUUCUUUGGGAUUUAAAACUUGUGAGGAAAUGGAGAGAAAAGAAUACCCUGGGUGCUUCUGGCAAUUGGCAGAUUGAAGUGGGAGAGCCAAACUUGUUUGUGCCAGCUACACUGGAUCGUGACCUCAUAAAAGAGAGUAGUAGCAAUCCUGUCUUUAUGAGAAAAGACACCAAGAGCAGUUUCCAGUGGCGGAUCCGGAACCUACCAUAUCCCAAAGAUGUAUAUAGUGUUUCAGUGGAGAAGGAUCAGCGCUGCUGUGUGGUCCGGACGACAAAUAAGAAGUAUUACAAAAGGUUCUCCAUUCCUGACCUAGACAGGUUCCAGCUACCCUUGGAUAGCACAGCUCUGAGCUUCACACAUGCCAACAACACUUUGAUCAUCACGUAUCAUAAACCAAAGGAGAUUUUGGCUGCAGAAGAGGAGCUACAAAAGGAGCUGAAGAAGAUCAAGGCAGCAAAUGAUGGAGAUGGAGAGUGCAAGACACAGUAGUCAACCAUUACAGAAUGCUUUUUUCUCCCUGUACAUAUUUUGUUACUUUUACUUUUUGCUAAACAUGUUGGAUUGAGAUACAUUUGUUUGGAAAUUAUUUGGUGAACAUCAUAUAUUCUCUACACAGACUGUUGUGUACUGUUGACACCCAGCCUGUGUGGAAAGGGACAGUUUUGUAGAGGCAAGGCUUUCAGGAAUUUACUUUCAACACUCCUGGAUGAACAAAAAGCUGUCAUAUUAGCACAAGUACCUUUAUACAUGAAUUAUUUUAGCAGUCUACAACUUGGUUUUUGACAGCCCUUAAGGAUGUGAGGAAACUUUUCAUUAAAUGGCUACAACUGCUUCUUAACCUCUAAGGGUGAUAUUGAGACAAAAGCCAAACAAAAACUUGAUGCAAAUCUCAGGUGUAUCUGCAAUUACCUUUGAAUUUACUAAAAAGAUGUUUAUACCUGAAUUUUCUCCAAAACAAAAGAUGGUAGGUUUUACUCUUUCCACCAUUUGUGUCUUAGAAAGGUGUUAUACUGUAUGUACUUGGCAUGUAAAUUGAAAGCAGGUUUUAGAACCAAAACUGUGGAUUUUGAUAUGACCCGUGGAUAAAUCAGGGAUCAUUCCACGGGGGGGGGGGGGGGGAGUGCCAGCAUGGCCUCAGCGGGCCAGUACAUUUUCCCAGCCAGGCAUUCCAGGGGGCUCUACUUAGGAAAGGUGAUGCUUCCUGUUUUGAUAAAAAUUAAAGUAUGGCAUUUUUAUUUUAAAAAGAAGCCAUCCCAUUCUCAAGAGUGGCAUGGUGAAAAGUGAGAGCUUAGUCUAUUCUGGGAGAGGCUAUAAGAUGCACUGCCUCCCCCCCUUCAAGGAAUGUACUUGUCAUCACAUUUUGAUUCUGUGUGAGUUUUCCCUCUUUCACAGAUAUGGAAAAUAUAUGAGCAUAUAAGUGUUAAGUAUCCCUUAUCUAAAAUUCUUGGGACCAGAAGAGCUUUGGAUUUUGGAAUAUUUUCAUAAACACAAUAAGAAUAUGUUGGAAAUUUGUCUGAACAUGCAAUUUGUAUAUGUUGCAUAUACACAUAGCCUGGAGUCAAUUUUAUAUACAAUAAUUUUAACAAAUUUGUGCUUGAAAUGGUUUGUGUACAUAGAAUCAUCAGAAAGCAAAGGUUUACAAGCUCAGCCACCCAUGUGGACAGUUUUGGAUUUUGAACAACCAGAUAAGGGACGCUCAACCUCCAUAAGCCAACUGCUUGCCUAUUCUAUGAGAACUAUUUUCUUGCAUCAGAGACAUACAGAAACAGAAGAUGUGCUUGCAUACCUUUGUGUGCCAGGAACCACAAUAUCUGAAAAAUUCAGGUGCAUAUGGUGCUUUUCCACCCAAUUCUACAAGCACAGUCAUUUCUCACCUCACAUGGAAAUAGCAGCUAUUAAAAUGUAAUAGCAGCAAAUAGGAUAAAUAAGUGGAAACUACAAAAAAUGUAGUAAGUAUUCUGGGUUUUUACCAUUUAAUCUCUCUUCCAGUACUGCUUUCUCCAUUCUCUGGGUAUCUGGAACUAAGAACUAUACUGUUUACCGGGGGGGGGGGGGGGGUAUUCAUUGGUCUUAGCCUUGAGGGCUAAUUUUGGAUUGUUUGGUAACAUUCUCAGUCUGUGCUGUGUGCCACCGUUAUACAUUCUGAGUGUAUAUAAAGGGAGUUCCAUUAUUACCACA